UUGUUUUGUUUUGUUUUGUUUUUUCUUUUUGGAAUUUGAUUUGGAGUAAUGGCGGCCUCAUCUUCUAGAGGAAGAAGCAGUUCGCCUUUUCAUCACCGAAGACCUUCGAGCCCUUACUCCUCAACUUCUUCUUCCUCGUCGUUGAAGAACGGCCGAUUAAUGCCGCGCUCUAACUCCACCUCGGCGGCGUCGUUUUACGGCGGUAGUGGCGGCGAAGGGUACGGCUCUAGAUCCAUGACGGCGAGCCAGGAUAGAGGAGAUUAUCCCCGGAGUCAGACUCCGGUCAGUUUUCCGGCGAUGGAAGACCAGCUUUCCGGAGAGCCCAUGGAUUGCGGUUCUAGAUCGGGGGAUAGCAUUUCAGUGACGAUUCGAUUUCGGCCUUUGAAUGAAAGAGAAUAUCAUAGAGGAGAUGAGGUCGCUUGGUACGCGGAUGGCGACAAAAUUGUGCGGAACGAGUAUAACCCCAUGACUGCCUACGCAUUUGAUAAAGUGUUUGGGCCUAAUACAAAUACUCAAGAUGUGUAUGAAGUAGCUGCUCGACCUGUAGUGAAGGCUGCAAUGGAGGGUAUCAAUGGAACUGUAUUUGCUUAUGGAGUUACCAGCAGCGGAAAGACACACACUAUGCAUGGAGAUCAAAUUUCUCCGGGCAUCAUACCGUUGGCCAUAAAGGAUGUUUUCAGCAUCAUCCAAGACACUCCAGGUCGUGAAUUCUUACUUCGAGUAUCAUAUCUCGAGAUUUACAAUGAGGUGAUUAAUGACUUACUGGAUCCAACUGGCCAGAAUUUGCGUGUUAGAGAAGACGCACAGGGAACUUAUGUUGAGGGUAUAAAGGAAGAAGUUGUUCUGUCACCUGGACACGCACUUUCAUUUAUCGCUGCAGGAGAAGAGCAUCGUCAUGUCGGUUCAAAUAACUUUAACCUCUUCAGCAGCCGUAGUCACACAAUAUUUACAUUGAUGAUUGAAAGUAGUGCACAUGGAGAUGAAUACGAUGGGGUUAUAUUCUCACAGUUGAAUUUAAUCGAUUUGGCUGGAUCGGAGAGCUCAAAAACUGAAACAACUGGGUUAAGGAGAAAAGAAGGAUCCUACAUCAACAAAAGUCUUCUUACACUUGGAACUGUGAUUGGGAAACUUAGUGAAGGGAAAGCAUCACAUGUUCCUUAUCGGGACUCAAAGCUUACUCGUCUUUUACAAUCUUCAUUGAGUGGGCAUGGGCAUGUUUCGCUUAUCUGUACGAUCACUCCUGCAUCAAGUAAUAUGGAAGAAACCCAUAACACGUUAAAAUUUGCGAGCAGGGCGAAGCGUGUUGAAAUAUACGCUUCACGUAAUAGGAUAAUUGAUGAAAAAUCGUUGAUCAAAAAGUAUCAACGAGAAAUAUCAUCACUAAAAGACGAACUUGAUCAACUUAAGAGGGGAAUGCUUGUUGGUGUUAAUCAUGAAGAAAUUAUGGUUUUGCGACAGAAGUUGGAAGAAGGACAAGUCAAAAUGCAAUCAAGAUUGGAGGAGGAAGAAGAAGCUAAAUCAGCUUUAAUGAGCAGAAUUCAGAGGCUAACAAAGUUAAUUCUUGUGUCAUCAAAAAACACAAUACCAGGAAGCUUGAGCGACAUGCCCUCUCACCAAAGGAGUCAUUCUGCUUCCGAGGAUGAUAAAUUGGAUGUUCUACGUGAUGGUUCUCUAAAACUUGAUGGCGAUAAUCAAAAAGAUUCUUCUUCAUCUUCUGCUAUAACUAUUGCAUCAGAUGCUUAUCAUUUUAAACUUAGAAGAUCAUACAGCAAAUGGAAUGAUGAUAUUUCCCAAGCUGGCAAAAACCUACAUGCUGCAUUGCCUAAUGUUACUGUCAAUAAUAUACACUAUGUCAAAGCAUCAUUAUUUUUGGCUGUAUUUGCGUUUGAUAUUGAAGCGGAAGAAGAAGUGACUGUCUCAGAUCAUAUGGAUCUCCUUGUUGAGCAAGUGAAGAUGCUUGCUGGAGAGAUUGCAUUUGGUACCAGCACACUAAAGCGCCUGCUGGAGCAGUCUGUGAAUGAUCCUGAAAACUCAAGAACUGAGGAGAUACAGAACUUGGAGCGUGAAAUCCAAGAAAAACGAAAGCAGAUGAGAGCUUUAGAACAGCGUAUAGUAGAGAGUGGUGAAGCUUCAGUUGCUAAUGCAUCUGUGGUUGAAUUGCAGCAGACAGUCAUGAAGUUGAAAGCACAGUGCAGUGAGAAGGGCUUUGAGCUUGAGAUUAAAUCUGCGGACAAUCGGGUGCUUCAAGAACAGCUUCAGAAUAAGUGUGCAGAAAAUAAAGAAUUGGAAGAGAAAAUUAACCGGCUGGAGCAAGAACUAGCUUCAGUCUCCAGUGACAAUAGAUCAUUUCCUGAAAAUCAUAAAAAGCUGCUUCUCCUCCAUUUGCAGGAACUCGAAAACGAGAAGCUCAAACUGGAGCAUGUCCAGAUUCUAGAAGAGAAUAGUGGAUUGCACGUACAGAAUCAAAAGCUAUCCGAAGAAGCUUCUUACGCAAAAGAACUAGCAUCCGCGGCAGCCGUCGAGCUAAAGAACUUAGCCGGUGAGGUCACCAAGCUCUCAUUUCAAAACGCUAAAUUAGAAAAAGAAUUACAAGCUGCUCGCGAGUUGAGCUCUCGAUCUUCUAACACAAACCGAAAAAAUAACGAUGCUCAAAGGACCAAUCGUAUAAGAGCUCGGCUUUCUGGACGAGCAAAUGACCUCUCGAGUGAUUUUGAGUCGUGGAGUCUCGAUCCAGAUGACCUGAAAAUGGAGCUGCAAGCUAGAAAACAAAGGGAAGCUGCUCUAGAGGCCUCAUUGGCGGAGAAGGAAAUUUUGGAGGAUGAGUAUAGGAAAAAGUUCGAGGAGUCGAAGAAAAGGGAGGCUGCUUUGGAGAAUGACCUGGCGAACAUGUGGGUGCUUGUUGCUCGGCUGAAGAAAGAAGCGAGUGUUGUGAAGGAAUUGAGGGAAAAUAAUGGUAGGGUGAAUGAAGAUGAUGCUGAUCAGACGAGUGAUGUGAUGAAGAUUGGUGGUGACAUUGAUUGCAAGGAUUUGAUUGUUGAAGAUUGUCAGAGUCGAGAUAAUCCGGUUCCUAUUGUUCCCAAAGAAGAACCUCUCGUCGUGCGCUUGAAAGCUCGAAUGCAGGAGAUGAAAGAGAAAGAACGUAAAUACACUGGGAAUGGAGAUACAAAUUCUCAUGUCUGUAAAGUGUGUUUUGAAUCACCUACAGCUGCAAUGCUUCUGCCAUGUCGACAUUUUAGCUUAUGUAAGACAUGUUCCCUUGCCUGUACGGAGUGUCCAAUUUGCAGAACAAAGAUUGCAGAUAGGAUUUUCGCAUUUACUUGACUUUGAACUUCAUAUACACCCUUUGAGAUUAAGGUGAAAAUAAAAAUCCUUCUUAUUCUCUUAACUUUGCAUGAAAUAUGUUUUGAUGGUUACUAAUAAUGAAAGUCCCCUUUUUUACUUUUAUGUUUCUUUUGUUUCACUAUAAAUUUUUCGUACGAAUUCUUGUGUGAGUUUUAGUUGUGUCCAAUUUCGUCUGAUGUAGUUUUUUGCUAUAUCCAUUCUUUGUUGUGGCGCAGGGCAAUUGUUGUAGUUCUCCAAUGUUUUUCCUGCUUAGUUACCUCGAAAAGCAGGAGCCAUUUUUUUCAUUGGUUAACUUAUGUACAUUCACAAUAACUAUAUUUUUGUACUUUGCAUAUCUUCGCACAAUGGUACUGUUAAGCAUUAAGCAAGCACAAGUACCCCUAAAAGCGUAGAGUUGGGACAAACUUUGUUAUGUAAGAAGACGAACAUUACAUCAUCUUUAUCAUUCUCCCAAUGUAUAAAUUACCAUAUUUCUCAACGGCCCUUUCAGUUACAUCUGCCAAAUUCUUAAUAAGAAUAGAAAUUUUGAAAAUUCAGCCAAUUUAUGUUUGUGGGUUCGUGUAAUGUACCUUGUCUUGUCUUGGCUCGAAGGAGUAUGAUUAUUGUUGCUCUGAAGUCUGAACUGAAUAGAGAGAACGUGCAAUUUU